CCGAUGAAUCGUUGCACGACAAUUCGUUGCACGUGAUUGUAUAGACAGAAAAUUUUUUCCAUUUUUUCUUCGUCUAUUCUUUAUAUAGUUCUACCACAGAUCUCGACAAAUCGACAACUGGUUUGCUUUUUUUCCAAUUGGCUAAGUUUCAAUUUUCAAUCUGCAAUCCUUAGUCUCCAAUUCGUAGUGUGACACGGGCUUUAGUGCACGUGCUAUUACCGUCAUUCUAUGGCAAACUUGUAUAACAUCUAAAAUGAUACUAGACUGAUAAAUAUGGACACGACAUUCAAAGAUCAAGAUAAGUUGCGACCUUUCGUAUAUAUAGUUAUCAAUUAUGACAAAGUGUAGUGCGAUAAUUUGAUGACAGUGUAAAUUACCAAAUUAUUAUUUAAAGUAUAUAUGAGAGUAUAUAUAAAUAUAUGAGAGUAGUGAGGAUUGAAAUUGAUCAUUAUUAGAAAAAAGAAUAGGAAGAAAAAUGUGGUAUUGUGCUCAAAAAGAGGCGAGUGUUCAUAAGAAUACUACAAUAUAACAGAUCAGAGAAACGUGUAUGAGUGAUUAAAUUUUCGGGACGAUAAUCUAUAAUUUUCUUUUUUUAAGCGGCUUACAUUUUUCUAACAUGUUUACUAAGCGGUCCAGCGUACUAAAAGUAUGUUGUAAGAGUAGCUUUAAAAAUCGUAAACGUGUUAGAAAAACGAUUAUGUCGUUCAGCAAAAAAUCUUACAAGUUAUCAAGCUCUCAGCGAUUAACGCAAAGUGCUUACUAACCUGCUUUUUCUGUUGAGCACAGCUAAGAUAAUCUACCAAUGCAAACUCGUAUCUCGCGCGCGAGUGUCUAUUGUACUUUAUACGAACCGGAAUGACAGUACAAAAUUUUCUGCACGCGUAAGUGCAACGUGAAUUAAUAUAUAGAACGUUAAGAGGUUACCGGUAGAAAUCAAUAUUAUUGGAUAUGAUCUAAUCUAACUUUUAUAACAUUGAACUUUGACAUAUGCAUACUCAUCAGUUAUAUGAAGGAUUAUAAUACAGAAUUUAAAUAUAUAAAAAAGAAGAGUAUCGAAUAAUGAAACAAUACUAAAUGUUUGAAGUUAAACACAUUUAUUGAUGAAUAUGAAUUCAGCAAAUAUAGAAAUGAGAUACUGUCCACCAAAUAUAACUUUCAAUGAGAUUUGGGUGGAACAUGGCAUGUCCAAAUGUUUCAUGGACACUAUCAGUGCUACUGUAAUUUCCUUAUAUUUGAUUAUAUUUGGAUCUAUUCAACUUUGGAUGUACCGCAAAUAUGGGACAGAAAUUGAUGCAAGUACUUUACCAAAAAGUAAAUUGUACAAUUUACAAAAGUUUAUUUUGUACUUUGUUCCUUUUCUGAGUGUAUUAAGAAUAAUUUUACAAGCUACUAUCUUGGAUGAUGGAAUGGUUUAUGGAUAUAUGAUACUGACAACAGCAUUGACAGUAGUAGUUUAUCCAUAUUCAGUUUAUAUUUUGAGAGUUGAGAGACAUAAACUAUUACCAAGCGUGCCACCACAUGGUCAUGGAUUAGUGUUGCUAGGUUUCUGGACAUUAACAUUUGUUGCUGAAAAUCUUGUUUUCGUUAACAUUGGAAAACUGGAGUGGUGGUUCCAUUUAAAUUCCUUGACAGACCAGAUUGAAAUGGCUUUAUUUGUCUUACGCUACGUUAGUAAUCUACUGAUUUUUGCUCUUGGUCUACGAGCUCCAGGUAUCGGUGGUCAUCUGGAUCCUGAUUACCGUAUACUGAACGAUGGCUCAACCACACAGUCGCGAUAUUACCAAAGAAGGCCAGAUGACAAUUCUUCCACUUGGGCAAAUCUGUGGUACAAGAUUAAAACUUUAUCACCGUUCUUGUGGCCAAAAUCAGAUUUUUUACUUCAAUUGAGAGUAAUAUUUUGCUUUUUACUGCUGAUGUCUGGACGUUUAAUAAAUCUUUACGUGCCUAUUUACAAUAAAAAGAUUGUAGAUAGUGUCACGAUGGUUCCUAUAAGAUUUAGAUGGGAUAUAGUGCUGAUAUACGUAGCGUUCAAAUUUUUGCAAGGUGGCGGUACGGGAGGUAUGGGCUUGUUAAAUAAUUUAAGAUCCUUUCUCUGGAUACGUAUUCAGCAAUAUACUACUCGUGAAGUAGAGGUAGAGCUUUUCAAGCAUCUGCACGGACUGAGUUUACGUUGGCAUCUUGGAAGAAAGACUGGUGAAGUGUUAAGAGUCAUGGAUCGUGGCACGGAUUCGAUCAAUAAUUUGCUCAAUUAUAUACUUUUUCAAAUAUUGCCGACUAUUAUUGAUAUCAUCGUAGCCAUUGUAUUUUUCAUCAGUGCAUUUAACAAGUGGUUUGGUCUCAUUGUUUUUGUCACUAUGAUUCUCUAUAUCAUUGCCACGAUCGCGAUCACUGAAUGGCGUACGAAGUUCCAAAGGCGUAUGAAUCUGGCCGACAAUGCUCAGAAAGCGCGUAGCGUCGACAGUUUACUCAACUUUGAGACCGUUAAAUAUUACGGUGCUGAGGCAUACGAAGUUGAAAACUACAGAAAGGCGAUCUUAGAUUUUCAAGUACAAGAAUGGAAAUCCAUGAUUACAUUAAAUAUUUUGAACACCCUGCAAAAUAUCAUUGUCUGCGGUGGUUUGUUAUCUGGAUCAUUGUUGUGUUUACACAUGGUUGUCUCUCACGAAGGUUUGACAAUUGGUGACUACGUCUUGUUUUCCAGUUAUAUAAUACAACUUUAUGUGCCGUUAAACUGGUUCGGCACAUAUUACAGGGCCAUACAAAAAAAUUUCGUCGAUAUGGAGAAUAUGUUUGAGCUACUCAGGGAAGAGCAAGAAGUGAUAGAUGCGCCAGGAGCCGGGCUGUUGGAUGUUAAGCGUGGACAAGUGGAAUUUUCAAAUGUAUCGUUUGGUUACUCUCAUGAGAAACUUGUGCUGAGAAAUAUCAGUUUCACUGUGCCUGCGGGAAAAACGGUUGCAUUAGUCGGUCCGUCCGGUGCCGGGAAAAGUACUAUAAUGAGACUACUAUUCCGUUUCUAUGAUGUGGAACAAGGUGCGAUUAUAAUCGACGGACAAAAUGUCAAGACUGUCAAACAGGAGUCUCUCAGAAGUGCCAUAGGUGUUGUGCCGCAAGACACGGUCUUAUUUAACAACACAAUAAUGUAUAAUAUUCAGUACGGUCGUAUCGAUGCAUUGGAAGCAGAUAUAAUCGCUGCUGCAAAGCAUGCGGACAUCCACGAAAGAAUUCUUACAUUCCAAAAUGGCUAUGAGACACAGGUUGGCGAAAGGGGACUUCGAUUGAGCGGCGGUGAAAAGCAACGCGUUGCAAUCGCACGUACGAUAUUAAAAGCGCCGAACAUUGUACUGCUAGAUGAGGCUACGAGUGCUUUGGACACUCAAACGGAACGUAACAUACAAGCAGCGUUGAAUAGUGUGUGCGCCGGACGAACUACCAUCGUCAUAGCGCAUAGAUUAUCCACGAUCAUUCACGCGGAUGAGAUUCUAGUUUUGAAAGAGGGCGAAAUUGUCGAAAGAGGCAAACACGAAGAAUUAAUUUCGCACGGAGGUGUCUAUCACGCGAUGUGGCAAGCGCAGCUCCAAAAUGAUCAGGAGAACAACAAGAAUGAGAUUCUUUCCACGCAUGAAGAUAAUGCGUUGUAACAAAUUAGAUUAACAAUAAUGAAUAAGACUUGUAGAGUUCUAUUUUUCAAAUAUAUUUAUUGUUGAUAAGAUUAUUGUACUCACAGAUGGAGGAUAUAUUAUACAGAGUCAAGAACUUGAGAUCUAUUACUGAUGUAUUAACAUUUUCCUUAAUAGCGGAUGGGGCUAUAUUGAUCUGUAUUUUUUAGCCAGUAGAAAAAAUACGACUAUGUAUUGUUAAUGUAAGUAUGCGUUAAAUGCGUUAAUAAUUUAUGCGAGUGUAUUGAUUUUUUAGAGUUUCAUCUCCAAUUGAAACUUACAUUGAAAAUUUGAACUAAUCCAUAAGAGUUAAUGAAUGUAAUAAAGUACUUAUAUAAAUUUGAUUUUAUCCCAAUAAGAAA